UCUGUGAUGGUUGUGGGUCUUACGUUGAUGAGUUUUUUAUCAACAAGCACAAAAGUGGUAAAAACUAUUGUAUUCAUUGUAGACAUAAAGCACCAAGUGAUAGUGAGACAAUAAAAGAGUCAGGUUUUGAUGCCGCACUAAAAGCUGCUGUGAAAACACCACCCCUAAAAUUGAAAGACUUAAAGGAAAAACUUAGAAGAGAAAGGGAGGAAAAGAAGCAGAAUUCUGAAGAGAAAAAAAACUCUAAAUAG